ACAUUUUAUCAUUCCUUUCAUUGUGCUUGUUAAUAAAAGUUUAGUUUUGUUUAGGUUACUGCCAGAGAGUGUUAGAUGGUUAGUGGCUGAGGGUCGUAAUGAUGAAGCCAACAACAUUAUACACAGAGUUGCUAGAGUCAAUAAUGUUGACCUACCAAGACAUCUGACGGACCUUCACGACGUCCAGUUUGGUUCUGUUGAUGGAACUUUAUCAGUAACCAACAGUAACACUGUUGAUGGAACUAUGUCAGUAACCAACAGUAACACUGUUGAUGGAACUUUGUCAGUAACCAACAGUAACGUUGAACUUGUGAAUGAAACUAGACAAGAAGCAAUGAUCAAGAAGACUGUUAUUGACCUCUUGAGAACUCCUGUUAUGAGGAGAAGAUCAUUCACCUUGUUUUUCUGUUG